GGAGUCAGGGGUAGCCUGAGCUCCGCCCGGACUUCGGGGGACUCCUCCUCCUGCUCCUCACGGCGGGGUGGGCGGCGUUGUGGGGGGAAUGUCAUUGCCGCUCCGAGCCGUGGUGUCGCCUCUGUCUGCUCCUGCUCUUUUUCUGGCGCCCUCGUCCCGUCGGCUUUCGCCGCUGCCGCAACUGCACUGGGAAGACGGAUGGCUAGAGGGGCGCAGGGGCCAUCCGAGUUGAGAGAGCGGCGGUCGCGGCCGCUGCUGAGGCGGAGACUCCCCGCCGCCGCCUCCACCCCCUGUCCCCCGGCCUCGCGGCGCUAAGGGCGGGCGCGCGCGGCUCUCUUCCCUCCUCCUCCUCUUUCUUCCUCCUCCUCCUCCUCCUCCUGCGGGUCCCCGCCCAGCACCCCUCGGACCAGGCGGCGGCGGCGGAGCGGAGCGAGACCCGCCGCCGGGGCACAACAUGGCGGAGCCCUCGGCCCCGGAGAGCAAGCACAAGUCGUCCCUCAACUCAUCCCCGUGGAGCGGCCUCAUGGCCCUGGGGAACAGCCGGCACGGCCACCAUGGGCCCGGGGCCCAGUGCGCGCACAAGGCGGCGGGCGGCGCGGCGCCGAAGCCGGCCCCCGCGGGGCUGUCCGGGGGGCUGUCGCAGCCGGCCGGCUGGCAGUCGCUGCUCUCCUUCACCAUCCUCUUCUUGGCCUGGCUCGCCGGCUUCAGCUCGCGCCUCUUCGCCGUCAUCCGCUUCGAAAGCAUCAUCCACGAGUUCGACCCGUGGUUUAAUUAUAGAUCAACACAUCAUCUUGCAUCUCAUGGGUUCUAUGAAUUUUUAAAUUGGUUUGAUGAAAGAGCAUGGUAUCCACUAGGAAGAAUAGUCGGUGGUACUGUUUACCCAGGGUUGAUGAUAACAGCUGGCCUUAUCCAUUGGAUUUUAAAUACACUGAACAUAACAGUUCACAUAAGAGAUGUAUGUGUGUUCCUUGCACCAACUUUUAGCGGCCUUACAUCUAUAUCUACUUUCCUGCUUACCAGAGAACUUUGGAACCAAGGAGCCGGACUUUUAGCUGCUUGUUUUAUUGCUAUCGUACCAGGUUACAUUUCUCGGUCAGUAGCUGGAUCCUUUGAUAAUGAAGGCAUUGCUAUUUUUGCACUUCAGUUCACAUAUUACUUGUGGGUAAAAUCUGUAAAAACUGGGUCAGUUUUUUGGACGAUGUGCUGCUGCUUGUCAUAUUUCUAUAUGGUCUCUGCUUGGGGUGGUUAUGUGUUUAUUAUCAACCUUAUUCCACUGCAUGUAUUUGUGUUGUUACUAAUGCAGAGAUACAGCAAAAGAGUCUACAUAGCAUAUAGCACUUUCUAUAUUGUGGGCUUAAUAUUAUCCAUGCAGAUACCCUUUGUGGGAUUCCAGCCAAUCAGAACAAGUGAACACAUGGCAGCUGCAGGUGUCUUUGCAUUGCUGCAAGCUUAUGCUUUCUUGCAGUAUCUGAGAGACCGAUUAACAAAACAAGAGUUCCAGACCCUGUUCUUUUUGGGUGUAUCACUAGCUGCAGGUGCUGUGUUCCUUAGUGUCAUCUAUUUGACUUAUACAGGUUACAUUGCACCAUGGAGUGGCAGGUUUUACUCAUUGUGGGAUACUGGGUAUGCAAAAAUACACAUUCCAAUUAUUGCAUCAGUGUCUGAGCAUCAACCUACAACUUGGGUAUCUUUCUUCUUUGAUCUACAUAUUCUUGUGUGUACCUUCCCAGCAGGCCUAUGGUUCUGCAUUAAAAAUAUCAACGAUGAAAGAGUAUUUGUUGCUCUGUAUGCCAUCAGUGCUGUCUACUUUGCUGGCGUGAUGGUGCGGCUGAUGUUGACCUUGACUCCAGUCGUCUGUAUGCUGUCUGCAAUUGCAUUCUCAAAUGUUUUUGAGCAUUAUUUGGGGGAUGACAUGAAAAGGGAAAACCCACCUGUGGAGGACAGCAGUGAUGAGGAUGACAAGAGAAACCCAGGAAAUUUGUAUGAUAAGGCAGGUAAAGUGAGGAAGCAUGUAACUGAACAGGAAAAAACUGAAGAGGGAUUAGGUCCUAAUAUAAAAAGCAUUGUUACCAUGUUGAUGCUGAUGCUGUUGAUGAUGUUUGCAGUCCACUGUACCUGGGUCACAAGCAACGCGUACUCCAGCCCAAGUGUGGUCCUGGCCUCUUACAAUCAUGACGGCACCAGGAAUAUCUUAGAUGAUUUUAGAGAAGCUUACUUUUGGCUGAGGCAAAAUACAGAUGAACAUGCCCGAGUGAUGUCUUGGUGGGAUUAUGGCUAUCAAAUAGCUGGGAUGGCUAAUAGAACUACUUUGGUGGAUAAUAACACCUGGAAUAACAGCCACAUAGCACUGGUGGGAAAAGCCAUGUCUUCAAAUGAAACAGCAGCCUAUAAAAUCAUGAGGAGUCUGGAUGUAGAUUAUGUCUUGGUUAUUUUUGGAGGGGUUAUUGGCUAUUCUGGUGAUGAUAUCAACAAAUUUCUCUGGAUGGUUAGGAUAGCUGAAGGGGAACAUCCAAAAGACAUUCGGGAAAGUGACUAUUUCACCCCACAAGGAGAAUUCCGUGUAGACAAAGCAGGAUCCCCUACUUUGUUGAAUUGCCUUAUGUAUAAAAUGUCAUACUACAGAUUUGGAGAAAUGCAGCUGGAUUUCCGUACACCCCCAGGUUUUGAUCGAACACGUAAUGCUGAGAUUGGAAACAAGGACAUUAAAUUCAAGCAUUUGGAGGAGGCCUUUACAUCAGAGCACUGGCUUGUAAGGAUAUAUAAAGUGAAAGCACCCGAUAACAGGGUGACACUAGACCACAAACCUCGAGUAACCAACAUUUUCCCAAAACAGAAGUAUUUGUCAAAGAAGACUGCAAAAAGGAAGCGUGGCUACAUUAAAAAUAAGCUAGUUUUUAAGAAAGGCAAGAAAAUAUCUAAGAAGACUGUUUAAAUAUACUGUUCUGGUUCCUAACUUGAAGCAGAUGUCCUUGUGAGAACCGGUCUUUGCCUUUAGCUCAUGUCAUGUUUCACAGCGACGGAGGGUACAGAACCAUCACUGGAACCAUCACUGGUCCAGGUUAAUGUACAAAACUUUCUGGCAAUGCCUGAUUUAAAAAAUAAAAUUGGCUUACUGAGAA